GCGCAUGCUCAGAACCCCCAAUGCAAAUGGUGGGAAUCACAAAGUUCUUGAAACCAACGGAAAUUUACAUCGUAACACUAUAGAAUGGACACCGUAUGAUACCAUACGGGUACCAGAAUCGUCUGGACAAAAAUUCGGAUCUCUGCUAUUAUUUUGCAGCCUCUAUAUUGGACCAAGGGCUGCAAAAAUGGAGUCUAAAAAUUUGAGUCUCAGUGCCUCAAUGGAAAAGGAGGGUUUUUUGGACCAACUCAACAAUUUCCUCACGAAGUCUGGCACACCCAUUAAACGUAUUCCGUUGCUGGGAGGGCGUGAAUUGGAUCUAUGUCAUCUCUUCCACAAAGUCCAGAGCCUCGGAGGGUCAAAGGUCGUCAGUGAGCGUCGGUUAUGGGGAGAAGUGGCUCGUAGCUUCAAACUACCUCCGUCCGUCACAAGCGCUUCGUAUGCCGUACGACAAAACUACAUGAAGUUAUUGGAGAGGUUUGAGCACUAUCUGGCGGACCCGAUUGCCAACGAUCCUCUCAUUGCACCAAUGCCACGCCCACCAGCCACACCCCCAACCAAGACGUUACCAUGGACACCGCUGAUACUCGAUUCUCUUCAAGCCACACCCAAUUCCCAGAAAAGAGGAAGUGGACACACCCUCUCUGUCGACCGAUUGGUCCGUUCCCUGCUCUCCGGCUAUCCGAACGAAGUCGAUUUCAGUUUCAAUAUUCUCACUAUUCUGUCGCACAAUGAAGGGGGUGUGGUCUUGUCCGAGGCUAGCGGACUCACGGAGCCACGCCUACUAGCAGUGAUGCUGGCACAUGUUGGAUUGUUCUCAGGCGAUGACCCAGUUUUGGAGGAGGUAUAUCACGAGAGCUGGUACAAAGAGUCCGAGACUGACUUCAUCCAGUUUUGGGAGUUGACAGUGCCAGAGUGGAUGUUUGUGUCACUGCUCGACAGCUCUGUCUCAAGAGCUUCGUAUGUUCCUACUCUCUUCCACCCACACACCGCCCCCCCUGACUCGAGUGUGGAGUGUCUCCGUGUGACCCAGCUCAUCAGUGUACUCAGAAACUUGUCCUUUUCUCAAACACAAGCUAAAGAGUUGAUCAACAACUACACCGUGCUCAGAUUUCUGCUCUUAUGUUCCAACAAUCGUCUGCCGUCUAUCAAGUGUUUAGGUCUCGAGACUCUGGCCAACCUGGCCCCCUACACCACCCUCCCACCUUACACUUCUCACACAGCAGAGAUACUACUGGGAACAGUGUACGAGUGCAUACUCUCUCAGGACAAAGCACAAGUGCUCAAAGGUAUUGAGAUCUUGGGAGAAUUAAGCUGGACCUCGUGCAAUAUGCCACGCCUACUAGCCACACCCACUGACGUCUACAGUCGCAUAUUCAAGCUUCUACUCGUACCUGACGCACUAAUACUCCUCGGUUGUCUAGACGCUCUUUAUAGCCUCACAUUCUCAUCUCCAGAAAUGGGCCGAAAUAUUCUAACAGUCGACAGAUCAGUGCAAGUCCUGGUCAACGUACUGAUGGUGAAAACGGAAGAUCUUAGUAGCAAUAUGCUCAAAAAUGUGAAGCUUUUCGAGAGAAAAACUGUCUCACAAUCUACAUCAAGCAAAUCCACUACUAUUGAUACAACAAAAUUUAAAUCCGUUUCACAUGCUCAGCCACCGAAAUCGAUCAAAAUUGGUAACACCACGAUCCCUACUCUGAAAUUACCGGCUAAAUCACAGGGGCAGUUAAACUCCUCCUCAUUGUCCAGAGCCCUCACUACCAGCAAUCAAGGAUUUAUACCAGUGCUUACGAUACAGCAGUUGCAAGAACUAUUGUCGAAAUCAGUACCGAAACCUGUUUCCAUGACAGCGAGUGGAAAUGUGAAGGUUAAUGUAUUGUCUAGUAGUGUGUCGUCUACUGGGGUCGUAGGUCAGAGUUCGAUUGUGACUACCGCAAUGUCAAAGUUUAUAGGUCAGAGUUCAAUGACAAGUGUUGCACCGGCAGCAGGUCAAAUUACGAAGACUCCAACUGCCAUUAUCGACACACUGAUGUCCAGUAGUGGAGGUGGGGACAGUGGGAGUGCCUUCACUCAUGUGUGGUUGUCUACUUCGUACGAGGUGUGUGGUGGUUCGUACAUGUCCCCCCUGGAGAUGUACUCCAGUUACCUCAAGGCCGUGUCAGAGUUCAAAGGUGCAGUCAAAAUGGCCUCACUCGCUGACUUCAACAAUGUCAUCAAGACUGUUUUCCCGGACUCUCUCUCCACUAAGAUCACUGUGGCUGGUACAACUGUCUAUAUGGUCGCUGGGAUCGCUAAGAAAACCACACCCACUAACAGAUCACGUGAUACCAUCACUAUAGUAACCAGCUCGACAAAACCAAUUAACAUUGACAGUAUUCGAGGAUCUACUACCACCGCUGGACUUGCUACUAGUCUGACGAGUUCUAUAACCAGUUUGACGAGUUUAACAACACCUCAAAAACCUCAAGCUCUCACCAAGGUUCUUCAGAGUGGGGGUACGCCCAUUCAAAAGUCCGGAGUUCAAAGGUCAGAGUCUAGGCCAGCCUCUCCACUCACUGUUGCUAGAAAGGCAUUGGAUUUGCCGACAGCAGAGGUCAAAGGUUGCCCAAACGCCAUCUCCAAUAUACCGAAUGAACAUAUUAAUAUUGAAACCAAAGGAGGUCAAGAAAAACUUUUUGCUGGAGAUAAAAUUGCCAACAACAUUUCAUUAUCACAUGGCCACGGUAUCGCGUUAAGUAACCACAUACAAGAUGGAGAUUUUGAGGCACCAGUUUCGAAAAAAUUGCGUUUGGAGGAAUUGUUGUCAAAUGAAGUGAUUGAUAUCGACAAAACCCUGAAGAGUAUGAAUGGGCCGACAAGUGAGAUCCUCUUGCCUGAUAAGACCACCUCUACCCCUAUGGAGUGCGACACCAACCAUACCACCACACCCCCUGCUAAACACUCCAUUGCAUCUGAGACAUUUUUUAAUUCAUCUUCUAGUAAAGAUUCGAACCUCUCCAGCCCAGUUGGUGCAUCAUUAUCCCCAUCUGUGCAGACCCCCCUCUCCUCCAGCACUACUGUGUCUCAAGUGUCCAGUGGUGACCUCUCCUCAACCAGUGGGUCAUCGCUGCAGUCUGACACCAACUCAUGUAAAGAACACUCGAGUAUCGGCUCAAAUAUUCGAGAAAUCAGUCCAUUAUCAGUGACUAGUUUAGACCGCACUUACUCCCCCUCUCCACAGUCUGCUAGGAGUUCCCCUAUACCCACAAUCGCAUCAUCGCUACAAUUAGAGCUAUCUAAUACCAGGAAAACCGAAAGAAAUAUUGACAAUUUAACAAAAACUAUGACGGAAAAUGUAACUAUGACAACGGGUAUUGCUACGACAACUGUUUCCAUGGCUACACUCUCUAAAUUGAUUACCCCUCCACUGUCUACUUCUAUUUCAAAUUCAUCCAACAUAUCUCUACCCCCUGUCAUUGCAGCGAGUGACGUCUCUGCAGCUAGCUCCGAUCAUGUGACUGGCGGUGUUAACAGUGGGAUCAAUAGCAAUCAAGUUGACACGAUCAAAUCAGCUCAAGUUGAUGCGGUGGUUGUUGGUGAUAUAACUAGACCAAUCUGUCUAUGGGGAGGCUGUGCAAGUGUACGAUCCAACUGGGCAGAGCUGUUCCAUCAUGUGGUGACCACCCACCUGUCACACCCCCAACCACACCCCUUAGCCUGUCAGUGGACUGGUUGCUCCUCUAAUGCCAAGAGAAUGGGACCAUCUCUCCUCACACACCUUCAGGGUCACCACUGCAGUCCUGGACCUCCCCCCACUCCUCCCAACAUCGCUAGGACGCUACUCAGGAUCAAACAAGUCCCAACACUAGCAGAUUUACCGAUAGAGAGCUCCCUGACAAAGGCCGUUCAUUUGACAGCUGCUCUGGUUCUGAGGAACAUGGUGCGAUCACUGCCUGAGGCCACAUCGAAACUCCUCCCCUUUGAAGCUCGGCUCUCGGAGGUGGCGUGUUCAAAUAGUGAAGCCAGCAACGCAAUAUCAGAGACAUUAUAUCUCAUGUAUCACUCUGAGUUGUCAUGACAACCAUUACAUUAUCAAUUCUAAUACACAUACUCAUUACUGCUAUUAUUUAUACGCAAAGAAACAUCACUUUGAAAUGGA